GUUGGCACAGACCACCCUCCAACACCGGGCGAUGAGUCGCGACAAAGUACAACGAUAAAGUACAAGGAUGUGUGUCUUAGCAAGGAUCGUGAGCCCUAAAUCUGUUUUAGUUGCCUUUUUUCUCGGCUCCCUCGCCACAAGUCAGAGCGAAGACGUCAUCAAUGGACUAACGUUAAGGCUUUCCAAGUACACAGUUGUGAAUCCUCAAAUCAUUCAUAGAUGGUCGAGGAGUGCCAGCAGACCAUCAGAGUCAGAGAGGGAUGAAAAGGUCUCAUACGCACUUCACAUAAACAACAGAAAGCACUUCCUUCAUCUAAAAAAGAACAAGGACUUUUUAUCUCCAAACUUUGUUCAGUAUCUUCAAGACGAGAGUGGUCACCGCAAGCCCACACAUCUGAGGCCGCAUGUGCAUUGCUAUUAUCAUGGACAGGUGGAGGGAAAUGAGAACUCGCUGGUAGCGCUCAGUACAUGCUCAGGCCUUAGGGGUGUGAUCCUGCUCAACAAUGAGAGCUAUGGAGUUGAACCAGUCCCCCGGUCUCAGACCAACGACCAUCUUCUGUAUCUCCUGAAGGACGUUCAGUCGGAGCCUUUCGUCUGUGGCGUUACCAGUGAGGCCUCGUCCUCCACAAGUUAUUCCCCCUUUGAUCCGGGCCGCUCCAUCACCUCACUUCUGCGGGCAAAGCGCAAUUUACCUGAACCCAGAUAUGUGGAGUUGGUGCUGGUUGCCGAUAAUCUCAGGUAUAAAUUCAAGAAAGAAAAUGAGACGGCGGUGCGAGAAGAGAUGGUGGAAAUGGCGAAUCUCCUGGACGGGUAUUACAAGCAGCUUAACAUCCGCGUGGUGCUGGUGGGCCUGGAGGUAUUUAAGGCUGGCAAUCCCUUCAGCGUGGAAGGCUCUGCAGGAGAGGUGCUGGGGAGGUUUGUCAAAUGGAGGAAAGAGACCCUUUUACCACGCAUCAGGCAUGAUGUUGGCCAACUGAUCGUCGGUCGCUCCGGAGCGUACGGGAAUGGGGUCCUGGGAAUGGCCUUCGUGGGCACGGUCUGCUCUGUGGCUACCUCUGGAGGAAUCAACGUGUUCAGUGGAGAUGAACUGCCCUAUGUCUCCACUGUGGUGGCCCAUGAGAUGGGCCAUAACAUGGGGAUGAACCAUGACAAUGACCGCUGUAACUGUAAUGGAGGUGCCUGUAUCAUGGCAGCAUUUGCCAGUGGCUCUACCAAAUUCAGCACCUGUAGCGGAGAUGACUUUGAAAGGCUGAUUAUCCGUGGAGGUGGUGUGUGUUUGAAAAACCAGCCUUCCCAAUCAGAUGUGGUCGGCGUCGCCAAAUGCGGCAAUGGCUUAAUAGAGGAAGAGGAGCAGUGCGACUGUGGCACACCAGAGGAGUGCAAGGACAAAUGCUGUGAUGCUGCCACUUGCAAAUUUACUCGCGGUUCUGCUUGUGCUGGGGGCGACUGCUGUAGCAACUGUCAGAUCGAAGUGGCUGGAACGCCGUGCAGAGAGUCAGCAAACACCUGUGACCUUCCAGAGUACUGUAAUGGCCGCAGUGCCUUCUGUCCUGAAGACUUUCACGUCAUGGACGGCCUCCCCUGUCAAAGCAAUGCCGCAUACUGUUACGAGGGCCGCUGCCAAACUUAUGAUUACCAGUGCAAGAAUCUCUUUGGACCAGCUGCAACAAAGGCGGCUGAUAUAUGUUUUCAAACUGCAAAUACAAGGGGGAAUCUAUUUGGAAACUGUGGAAUAACCAGCAAUGGACAAUAUAUCAAGUGUAAUGUAGCGAAUGCCAUGUGUGGAAAGGUGCAGUGUACCAAUGUGGAUGUCAACAACCCACCUCAUGGUGCCCAUGUCAGUAUACAAAUAGUUGAUGGAUCAAGCUGUGUAAAUGCAGACUUCAACCUUGGCACUGAUGUGCUGGAUCCUGCCUACGUUAAUAGUGGCAGUCCUUGUGCUGAAGGAAAGACAUGCCAAGAUUUUAAGUGCAUGAAUGCAUCUGGUCUGCUGUCCAAUUUGGACUGCGACGCCAAAAGCACGUGCAACAGCAAUGGGGUAUGUAAUGACCAGGGGCACUGCCACUGUGAUAACGGAUGGGCCCCUCCCAUCUGCGAUAGGUCAGGGAGAGGUGGCAGCGUGGACAGUGGUCCCGCUCAGAUAGACUACUCACUCAGAAAUGGCCUGUUGAUCUUCUUCCUGCUGGUGGUGCCCAUCCUGGUCCUCAUCAUUCUGGCGCUGCUCUAUGUCUUCAGAAGAGAUUCCUUGGAUAGGUGCCUUAAAGGAAGCCGUGCUCGCCGUCACAGGGCACGUAAUGCACAACAUGGCCAAACAAAUGGCAAUACCACAGCAAAUGCCACAACCAAGCGAGUUCCUCCAGCUAAGCCUGAAAGUCCACCUCCUAGCCAAGUUCAACUCCCUGGUUUCAGGUAUGGUGAAACGGAUUACUGGAACACAGACACAAAUGCUGCUGCUACACAUCCUCCAGCUCAUCUACAGGGCCCUGGAGUCCCAAAACCAAUCCCACCCAAGCAAACAACAUAGCGACAAGUGUUAUUCCAUUAUUGGUACAUCUCUUUAUUCCAGUAUAAAUUUCAUCAUCAAUAUCAGACAUAUGAAGGGAAAACAACACUCUAUAUAAAAUAACAGGGUUUUUUUAUAUUUUGCAAUGAUGGGAUCCAUACAACCACCCAUUGCAAGCUCUUUUUUUUAAUAAGGUCAGCGAUGGCAAUGUUUCUAGAUGAGGCUUGCGGGCCUUCAUUGGACUAUACCUGUUUUACACGUUUCUCGUUGCUCUCUUUGCACUAUUUUAUUGAAAAUAACCACCUCUAAAUGGAAAUAUAUUUUGAUCAGAUAUUUCACUAUGUAUGAAAAAUGUCCCAAAAUAAUACUUUUUUAAUGCAGUUUUAUUGUAAAAUAAAUGUUUUAAAGAUUUUGAUUGUAAUCUAAUAAAUGAUGACUUUUUG